AAACAAAUCCAUAUUCUAUUCUUAAAAUAUGCACGCGCAAAACACCGCAUUAUUUCAACAAAGCUUCAACAAAAUGUUUUUCUCUUCGACAAACUUUUUCGUUCUGUUGUCCAUAUUAUGUCAUUUAUGCACUUCAGAUUUUGUGCCUACGCUGAACAGUCCAUACUUGUUGUCCACAGAAGCGUUGAACUGGACAGAUGCUGCAAAAGCCUGUAUUGGCGCUGGUUUAGAGUUGGUCAGCGUUAUGUCUAAUGAAGAACGAGAUGCUAUUCAAACAUUUUUAGAGGAGAACAAUCAAAUACCAGCAGAUAUAUGGUCCGGCUAUUGGCUAGCAGGAAUAAGAUACCCCAAUGGAAUUUUCUACUGGCAUAGCACAAGCAUUAAAGUGGGCGAUAGUGUUGAAAACGGUUGGUUGUUUGGUGAACCCAGCAAUGCUUACCAAAGGGAACACUGUGUCGAACUUAAAUGGAAUGGGAUCAGAUUAGGCUGGAAUGAUUACUUUUGCUUCGAGAAAAAACGGUAUAUAUGCCAGAAUCCAAUAAAAGAUAAUAAUAUCAGAAGCCAAGGAAUGAGUGAUUAUAACUUUUUAACUGCUGAGAACCCCGAUGAAUCUUCAGAUUAUUUUAAAGAUGGCAUAUAUCCUUAUCGUUUAAGAAGAUUAUAGUAAGACUAGUAAUAAUAAUAAUUUGUCAUAACACAUGACUCUGCUAGUGUCAAUGUUACAUACAGUUCAUACCAAAUAAACUUUUAGUCACGUGAUUAAGCUUGACCGGCACAGCGUUGCCUACUUUUAUAUAUUUUCUUUCAAUCAAAAUAUUUUAGAAAACAAAAAUAAAUUAAUUAUAAAUAUAUAAACAGUUAUUAUUUACAUGAACGAAACUCACCUCCUUAGCAGUACUUAAGAGACAUAAAUGGCCAUUUCUAUUGCUGUCCCGUUCAAAAUAUUCUAAUAAAGUUGCAAUGAUUUUUUUGUGGCUAUUAAGCUAUCUUGUACACUUCGC